AUGGGUAACAUCAUGUCAGUAUCGUUUGCGCCUGAGUGUACUGAGGCCAAGAACAAGUACGACGACUGCUUCAACACAUGGUACACUGAAAAGUUCCUCAAGGGAAAGUCGUUGGAGAACGAAUGCACCGAGUUCUGGGACACCUAUAUCACCUGUGUUAACAGUGCGUUGGCCAAGCAAAAGAUUAAGCCCAUGUUGGACAAGGCCAGGGAGGACCAGCCGUUCACCAGCGAGGAGAUCAGACAGAGUGCUGGAACCGAGGGCAAAUAG